UCUCCAGCCCUGCUUUCCAACAGCUGAUCGCAAUUGCGUGCUUUGUGGAUUUUAGAAAAACAAAAUGUUACGUCAAGUUUUGAGCUCAAGUUCUGUGCGACGCUUGUUGUUGUCGCCCACACGCUGUGUGAGCAGCAAACAAAAUGCGCCCGAUAAGUCCGAGUACUCAACGCCACCGGAAAUAAUUGACUACGAAGAUUCGGCCGAAUUGCCAGUGCCGGAGUAUCCAAUAAGAACGGAUGAGCCACUUGAGACACGCAAGCAGAGACUCUUGUAUCAGUCGCGCAAACGCGGAAUGUUGGAGAACGAUUUACUCCUGAGCACCUUUGUGGCCAAAUACCUGAAGGACUUUGAUGCCGAUGAAACAGCUCAAUAUGAUCAGCUCAUCAAUGGCGUGAGCAACGAUUGGGAUAUCUAUUAUUGGGCGACCAACACGAAGCCAACGCCGCCGGAGUACGACACGGACAUCAUGAAGUUGUUGAAGCAACAUGUCAAAAAUACGGAGCGUGUGCAGCGUCUAAGGCAGCCGGACUUAUAAAUUACUGUUAUAUAAUAAUAUAUAUAUAGGCAAAGAUUUACAUAAACUAAUAAGCUGUG